UCGUUUUAAAGUCUUUGGCUGUGCUCUCAUAAGAGGGAACAGUCCAGGCAACAUCUUGUUAGAUUUAGUUACUUUUGUCAGUACCAGUAAAUCAGAUAAGCUCCUCAUGAAUACGUUGAUGAGCUCCUCCCUCCGCGGCUGGCUCUCCGCCCCCGCUCGUCCCGUUAAAUUCCUCCUGCCUGGCAUCAGGUUCCCGGGGGAAAGGGCGGAGAGUUGGCCGCCGACUUUGUAACAUAACCCCCAAACAGUGAGCGGACAAACUGGGAAACUCGUUUUACCGAAACCGAAGAGACGACAAGCGGCUCCGGCUCUAAUUAACGGAAGGAGCAGUGAAGUGAACCGUGACCGGGAAUCCGGUGUUGUCGGGAUGAGGGAGGCGGGUACUAUAUAAAGUGGGGGCUUGUCGCUCUCGUGCUACAAGUGCGCGUGUGUUUGAGUUGUUCCCGGUAGAGACAGCAGGAGGUCCAAUGGCAGCCAGGCGGACUAGAGCCAUGACCGGCUCGGAUCUGAGCAGGAGCUCGGUGGCCCGGGCCACUGCUAUAGCGGAGCAGCUCCGGUAUGAGUGCUCCAUCUUACUGGAACUUUAUAAAAACAGGGAGAGUUUCAUCGCAGAUGUGACGGUGACCGACGGUCGCCUGGUGUCCGUGCCUCCUCCUUCCUCCCAGCUGGACACCAGGGACAAGCUCUGGCGUCUCCACUCUGCUCUGCUACAGUGCCGUAGUUUGCUGGAGCGAGCCAUCGCCAAAGAGGAAGAGGAGCUAGGUGGCGGGAAGAAGGGGGAUUAUGAGACUCAGAGGAAGAUGGUGAAGGACAGGCUGUCGCUUCUCUUGAUAACCACUGGAGAACUCCUCAAAACUGCUGACGGCACAGCAGUUCUGACUCCUAGCUCGGAGGGAUUAGAGUUAGACAGUCCCAGCAUCCUGUUUGAGCUGAAGCUUUGGGUGUAUCGGGUCUUCAGAGAGGUGGACUACUGGACCAAGACAGCUGUCACCACGUUGCAAGCCCUGCCCACGGUGACGGACAAGGAGCGAGUGAGGACCGCGAGAGUCAGGAGCACGAGGAGCGCUCGGAGAUGAGACAGAGGCGUGAGGAAUGUGUGUGGGCGACAAGGACUAAUGACAGAGAAAAGAGGUUAGGGAGAGACAGAAAGAGGUGAGUGAAAGAAUCAGAAGAUGAAGCAAGGUGUUCAGAUGGGGGGCCAAAGAAAGAGGCAAACAUAGAAGGUGUGAAAGAGAAAGAUGAGUGAAAAUAGCCAGCCGAGAGCAAGACAGAGAGAUGAGAAAGUGCUGGGUUAUGUUCGGGGCAUGAAGCCCUCUUUCCAUGAACAGAGGCCUUAGACAGAGAGGGAACAAGAGAUUAACCAUGUUUAUUAUUUCUUGAAACAAGUUUAUUUUAAGUAUGAUAGAGUCUAACACAACUUUAUAUUUAUUGUUUACCUUAAAAGAGUGAAGAUACACUUCUAUUUCUUUCUUUCACAUUUUGGGGUUGAGGAAACAUAACAUUAUUAACUGCAAUUCAAAAUGCACACAAAUGUUUGUUCACCUGCUUACAUCAACAUCUCACAGUGCGGUUUCCCUCAUGCAUGCAUUCCUUUAACACCGCUGAAGUUGUUAUUUAAGAUAUACUGCCAGGAGGAAGCGGCAAGGGGCACAUUCAGAUGAAAAUGAGAACAUUUAAAUUCAUGCCAUCACCACUCUGUAGCUCUGACUUGUGUAGUUUUGAAUAUGGUGGCUGUAAAUCAUUCCACGUGUGUUAUUACCUGGGGAUGGAAAGUGUCUGAAGCAGAGGAACAAUAUAUGUAACAGCACCCUCUGGUGUUUACAUAGAUGUACUCCUUCUUUCUUUCUUUCUUGACUUUCCUCAGUCGCGCUUAUGACCAAUCUUCCUUCAUUCUUUUUUUGGUUUUGUUAUGUUUUUAGGGCACUUUAUUAGCAAUGGCAUCAUGUGACAGGGUUCAGGAAGUAGCAAAUAUGCUGCAACUGCAACAUCAGUAGUCCAAAAUGCUGGGCAUGCAAAUGGACACAUAAGCAGGGAGUGGAGUGGAAAUCCAAUGUAAAUAGUGGAAGUCUGUAGACUUAAGUGAUGAAAGAAUAUUUUCGUGACAAUCUCGGUCUACUUUCUUAUGUUUGUGAUUCUGAUUUUAAUUGUUUAAAAUAACAGAAAAAAGAUGCAUUUUUUCCCAUUAAUUUAGAGAAAUGUAAAAAUGUACAUAGAACCAAGUUUUAAAUGCAGAACUUUUGUUUUUUAUCCCAUUUUUUUUACAGGUAUAAGUUUAAGAUCUAAGACAUUUUUGAUGCACUUUCUCUCUCUCUCUCUCUCUCUCUGUCUCUCUCUCUAUAUAUAUAUAUACUGUGUAUAUAUACAGAUAGAUAAAAUAUUGGUCACAAAUUUCUUAAAAUCCAUGUUAGAGAGCACUUCUCAUUUCAAGAUAAUCCCUCCACCUGACAGGUGUGACAUAUCAAGAUGCGGAUUAAACAGCAUCAAUAUUACACAGGUGUACCUUGGCAUUGUCACAAUAUAAGGACACUCUAAAAUGUUCAGUUUGAAGACAACACAAUGCCACAAAUGUGCAGGCUGCAGGAAUGUCACCAGAGUUGUUGCCCUCUGAACUCAAUUUUUAUUUCACUUUCAUAAGACAUCUCCAAUAUUGUUUCCAUUAUUUUGGCAGUACAUCCAACCAACUUCACAACCCCUAGACUCCAUGCAGGAGCACCAGCUUAGUACCUCCACAUCUAGUGUUUUAACCUGCGAGAUUGUCUGAGAGCAGCCACCAGCUGAGAAGGCUUUCUUUCCAAAGUGUCUCAGGGAAGUUCAUCUGCAUGCUCAUCACCCUCACGAGGGUCUUGACCUGAGAGAAGUUUCUCAUCAUGAUUUUGAGACCAGUUGGA